CUCCAGCUCUAAACGGAAGAAGCAAAUCAAGGUCAAGAUCAUAAGAAUGGAGUUCUGCACGCGGCUUGCAAAUCAGUUGAUGCUGAAGAAGGUCGAAGAACACGAGGAGAAAAACUCGUCGGUGUCUCUGGUCUCGAUCAACGCCGUCCUGAACAUGGUGGCUGCUGGAUUCUAAGGGCGCCACUUUGGACCACUUUUUUGCCCUUCUAGGGUCAAAGAGAUCAACUCGGAGUCUGCCAAGAUGAUGGCGGUGGCAGCAGAUGUUGAACUUAAUUCCGCCAACAAGGGCACGGGGGACAAUGAUGAUAUUGGUCCAGUUUUGGCCAUGGUCAAUGGAGCUUGGUUUGAUCGAAGGUUUCCUCUGAAAUCUUCUUACGGCGAGGAGAUUCUCAAGGGGAUCUUCAAUUGCGAAGCCAAAACUGUUCAUUUUGCAACUCAGGCUGAGCAAGUGAGAGAGGAAAUUAACGCAUGGGCUGAGGCCGCAUCAAGAGGGCUAAUCAAAGACUUUCUCGAGCCAGGUUCCCCAAAUCCAGGAGCAGCACUCGUCCUGAUAAAUGGGCUCUAUUUCAAAGGAAAUUGGGAUUGUGAUUACAAGUUCGACUCGGAGCUCACCAAGAAAAGAGAUUUUUAUCUUCUUAACGGAGACAUGGUUUCGGCCCCGUUCAUGACCAGCUACCGCGCAAGUCAUUAUUGCGAGUCGUUUGACGGUUUCAAGGUCCUUGAAAUCCUGUACGAAAACGGAGAACUCAGUAGAAGCAGGCAAUUCUCGAUGUACUUUUUCCUCCCAGAUGAACGAGAUGGGUUGCCAGAUCUCCUCAAGAAGCUCAUCUCAAACCCCGGGAAGUACUUCAACUUGUCCCAGGUCGAGCUUGACAAAUUUUGGAUCCCAAAGUUUAAAUUCUCGUACGGUUUUGAUGUUCUCAAGGCCAUGCAGGACAUGGGAACACCGUUGUCUUUUCUGACAGAUCCGGAGGACUGUCGGAUAUGAUGCAUGUCCCCGAGGAUGUCGACGACUUUGAGCCGAAAAUGAUUCAAAAGGCCUUUAUCGAGAUAGACGAGGAAGGGACGGAGGCUGCAGCUAUUACGGAGUUUGAAGAUGUAGUGGGAUGUUCGAUGUACUACAAGCCGAAAAGGUUGAUUAGUUUUGUUGCUGAUCACCCUUUCGUGUUCAUGCUCAAGGAAGGCUCCUUAGGACAGGAUUUUUUCACUGGAGCAGUGCUUAAUCCGCGCCAAAGUGGUUGACUUGUCUUUCCUGUGCUAAAUCAUCAUAUGGUUUUUUUUUUGUUUUUGUUUUUUGUUUUCUUCCACCCUCUUAUUGAAAGGCCCUGGAAAUUUUAGAAGCCUACUUUCGGGAAUUAGAUAGUUUGUGACGUAUUUCUUUAUGGGGUUAAUCUUACUUUGUUUGGACGGUCAA